GGCGGCAUUAGCGGGCGAUCCGAACUUCUGAAAGGUUUAACCAUUCUAAGGAAUAUUUUAAGCGCGAAAAAAAGGGAAAAUACGGAUAAAGAAAAAUAUAUAUUAUACGAUUGUUAUCAAGAAAACGAAAAAGUGUUAUUUCAUUGUUCACAAAAAGUUCAAGUUCGAAAAUCUUUUUAAGACGGUUUCAAAUCAACUUCGAGCUCGUUUGACAGUUCGAGAUCGACUCGUUGAUCGGUGAGUAAUAACAUAUUGAUUUACGAUCUACGUCCAAUUUGAAAAUAGAAGAUGAAAUCCUUCGUUCUCGUGAUACUUGUUACUAUUUUUGGUAUCACUAUCAUCCAAUGCGAACCCGAACCGAUGGCUAGACCAACCAGACCAAAAGUUUUUACAAGUCCGGAAGAGUUACGAAGAUAUUUAGAUCUCGUCAAAGAUUAUUAUUCGAUUAAUGGAAAGGCCAGGUAUGGAAAAAGAGCCGGAGGUAACGCAUUUCCUGCCUUUUAUUUAGGAUAUCCGUGGAAUACUUUGAGAUUUAUACUUGAUACUCAUCGCCAUUUUCAACAACAAAAGGAGGAUAAGAGCAAGCCGAUAAAGGAACAAAUAAAUUUUCGUAAUUUUCAAGAUAAUGAUACAAAAAAGCAAAUAUUUCGAAAUAAUCCGUCAGAAAAUUUAAGUGACAUGAUUGAUAACUAUUACGAUGACGUAGAAUAAAUACGAAUGUAUCGUUGUUUAAUGUUGGAAAAAUUACAACAAUUCAAAGUUCAACUAUUUCUUUUAAAGUGUCGUGUAUUCGUGACUUGAAUUAGUCAAAGUAAUGAUGAUUUUAUAAAAUUGAUGACUUGUAAAAUUAAUACAUUUUUACACUUCGAUUAGAUGUAUCUGCAGUAAUGUUUCUAUAACAGAAAACAUAACUAUUUAUUUUUAUUUUUAUUCUAUAACGUCUUUUAAUACCAUCGUUAUUUAACAUAAGAUAAAACUAAUAUAUUAGACCACGGCACUUUGGGCUUUAAAAAUAAAAUGGGAACAAUUUAUUUUACAUUCAAAUUGUCAACGUGUAUCUAGCAGUUUCGAUUAUUAGUAAACAUAAUUAAUUCCAUGUUGUAAAAAAGCUAUGUCUAAGGUGGUAUUAAAAGAGAGAAGAAAAGGAAUGAUCCAGGAUUAUGUAAGUUGUAUUAUUGAAAUACUUUCUUCAAAAGAUCUUAAAAGUUAUGUGUUUUAUGGCAGAAAGUCCAAAUAGAUAAUUCAUUGCUACAAAUAUUAUAUGGAAAUAUAUGAUUAAUGAGAAAAAUUGAAGAAAUCUUUAUUUAAUCAAUAUAAUAAUAUUUAAGAUAAACAGUAAGUUCCUUCAAGUUAUAAUAAAUGAAUAUUUACAAGGAUCAUUUGCAAAAACCUCAAUAUCUCAUUUGCACUAUUUUAACUGAUAAUGACCACAAAUAAUUCGUGGAAGUGAAUAAUUUAAAAAAAAAAAAAAUAGAUUCAAUUCAAUAAAAACAACAUAAUAUGAUUACAAAUUCAAAUUAGUAUAUUAUAUAUAUUUAUAUCUUUGUUACAAUAGGUACUUCGUAUUUUGCUACAGAGAUCGAUAAUUACAAACGUUAAAUAUUAAGACAACAUGUAAUACUUUCAAAUAUUCAAGAAUAUUAAAAGUAAGCCAUACGGUA